CCACGUCAUUGUUUCUUGCUUAUCCUAUCAGAGUUGAAUUCGAUGAGACUCUGACCGACGGCCGAGAGUCCGGUCCUUGGUGGAAUAGUGUUUGUAAGUCGGGAAUCCCGCCUUUCAAAGGCCCACAUCGUGGGCCGAUGCUCAGAGCCAAGACGCAACUGCUUGAUUCAUGGCAUGCUUGCGUAGACUCGUCGAAGGCAAGAGAAUGGUAGUAUAGGAACAUGGAAAGAUACGUACUGCACGCGACUGCAGAUCGGGCUGGAGUUAUAAAGUCGAGCGAUGCUCGUGUGCAUUUCUAGCUUCCCCCUCACAUCCCACAGACUGAAAAGCAUCAUCUUCCUCAACAUAGAUCAACACGCUAGACUCAACCCUCAAGCACCUCUUGUAUCUUCAACAUGUCUAAACUUCUCACCAUCUUCGGAGCCACUGGAAACCAGGGCGGUUCCGUUGUGAGAGCAGCCCUCGCCGACGCCGUUCUGUCAAAGGAGUACAAGAUUCGCGGCAUCACUCGGGAUGUCUCCAAGCCCGCAGCUCAAGCUUUAGCCAGCAAGGGCGUCGAAGUCGUUUCUGCCGACAUGAACUCAAAGACCUCUCUUGCCGAGGCGAUCAAGGGGUCCCACACCGUCUUCUUCAUGACCACGCCCAACUUCACGGGCGGCGCCAGCGAAGAGCAGGCUCACGGCAGGAACGUGGCCGACGUCGCGGCCGAGACCGGCGUCAAGCACCUCAUCUACUCGUCUCUGCUGCACGUCACCGAGACCACCAACGGCCGCCUCAAGCACGUUGUCCACUUUGACGACAAGGCCGAGGUCGAGCGCUACAUUCGCGCCAAGGGCAUCCCCAGCUCCUUUGUCCUGCCGGGGUACUUUAUGAGCAACUUCUCUGCCCUGCAGAUGAUUCGCAAGGGCGAGGAUGGGGUCUAUAACCUGGCGUAUCCUGUUAGCGACAAGGCCAAGUUCCCUCUCAUUGACACCGAGUCCGAUAUUGGCAAGUACGUCGUCGCGGCAAUCCGCAAUGAGAGCACCCUCCUCGGCAAGCAGAUCUUGGCAGCUGAGGACUACUACACGCCCACGCGGAUCGUCGCCGAGUUUGAGCAGGUCACUGGCAAGACGGCCCGUUUCGUGCCCGUCGACGCUGAGACGUACAAGGGCUUCUUCGCUGGGCCGAUGGCUGCCAUGGCUGACGAGAUGCUCGAGAACCACCUCUUCAUCGACGAGCCCGGAUACUAUGCCGGCAAGGACUUGAAGGAGAGCCAAGAGCUUUUGGCUGGCGUUGGGCUCAAGGCAACUACUUGGAAGGAGUUCUUGGAGGCGAACAAGGCUGCUUUCCCGUAAUCGGAUUGGGAAAAGGACACCUGGUAUGACGUACAGAAUGCUGGGAUCCAUGUCAACAUGAUUUUGAGGUAGUGUCCCAGCGUGGUGUAGACUUUGCCAUAUAUACACAGCCUUACUGAGAUGAUUUCCGAGUAGAUGCCGUGCCCACAUGGUUCAUGUCUCAAAUCCAGUGCUUAUGCAGUGACGCGAAAUCGGUAUACAAUGGCUCACGGCUCAGUUUCAAGCACCAGCAGGGGCCACGAGAGCGCCCCUUGCCAGUAGUUACCCAAAUGCCUAGCAACGGCGCGGAUAAUGAAGGCGCCAGCGUCAGCAAAGGGCCAAAAGGUACGGCAGCGGUGCAGCAAAACGCCGUAAUGGGCAAGGAUGAUGAGGGCCUCGGGACGAUGCUUCCGCAGCAUCUCGACGAAGCCGACCGGUACCUUUACCGAGAACGUCGACGCGGCCUGGGCGUAGUCCCCUUCGUCGAGGACGCGGCAAAUGUCGAAGCACCACUGCAGAAGCCCAAUGACUUCGUGACACGCUCUCGCGCUCGAAUCGCUGAGGUCGGAGUCAUCUAGGAGGCGUUUCAGAGACCCGCAUUCGUCGCCCCUCGUGCUCAUCCUCUUCUCGGCAUCGAGGAUAACGUUGAGGACGGGUGCGAGCUCGGUGUCUUGGAGGAAGUUCCGGGCCGGCGGGGUGACGGAGUUGACGCCGCGGUUGAGGUUGAAGCACUCGACGAGGCGGUCGAUGAAGGACUUGAAGUCGGAGCGGUAGUGAGCGAGGGUGUCGGCGAGGACAUGCCUGCCUAGGAUGGCGGAGAAGAGGAAGCGAGGGACGGCGGUGACCUUGUCGUCUCUGGCCACGGUUUCCGUUAGACGGGUAAAGGAAGAGAGGGCGCGGUUCUGGAGCUCUGUGGCGAGGUCGUGGAGAUGGGCGGAUGACCCGGGGUAGAGCUGGACCAUGUGGAAGGCUGUGAAGGCGAGGAUCUCGUCGAGUAGGUAGGGUGAGUCCACGGCGCGUCGGACGGCGAUAUCGAGGGCGCUUCGGGCUGGGCCGGUGAAGUGUGGGACUGAAGCUGCAUGGUGUAGCAGGAUCAUGUGCUGCGGUGUGUAGAUGGCCUCUGAGGGUUCGUUUGGUGUGCCUAACAUCGACAAGCCGAGCUGGCAGUCUAGAGAUGGAGGAGCUUGGGUGCUGCUCAGCUGCGUCGUGGAAGCUGGAGACAGAGUCUGGUCACUCUGGUAAGAAUUGGAGCCGAGACCAGCCGCGGCUGGCACGUCUGCAGGCCUCGAUGGCAGGCCAUGAGACGGAUGGCUUGGUGCAUGAGUGAGUUCGGAUGAGUUGCUUUGUUGAUGAAGAGCUGGUUGUAAGGGCAGCUGUGCGCGCUCAAUCGGCGCAUUCGCGUCAUUGUUUGUAUUGCCGUGACUACUUCCUCUGGAGCCUGGCGAUGGUGAUCGGGCGUUCCAUUCCAAUGUGCCCUGUGACCUGUCGCAUUGCGAUUGAGGUUUUUGCGCUUGUCUGCGCUUCUGCUUGUUCACUUUUGGCGGCGGGAAGAAACACGCGCGCUCUGCGACCUCGCAAUUCGCGCAUGAGGGCUGACGCUCAUCGCAGCGAAUGUGACGACGCUUGCACUCUGCGCAUCCAUUCCGAGACUUCUUGUGAGAGCGGCGAGUCUCUUGGGCCCUGGCGUUGUCUGCGACUAUGCUUCCGUUGUCGCUCGAAUCGUUGUGACGCGCCGAGGCGCGCGUUUCUCGAACCAUGCUGUCGUCGGGCGGGCGAUUCUCGUCGAUCACCGUUCCCCGUGGAACGCGCGGAGCUCUUAAUCCCAGUCAGUGCCCCCUUUCCAGCUGUCGGCAUUCGCGAUUCAUGAAUGUGCCUCCUCUCAAGAGCUUGAUGCGUUCUAACUUUCACAAUGACAGCAUCUCCAUGUACUAGGGGUGGACGAGCGGAA